AAGGUUAUCAGUUUACGUACUGAUAAAUUCCUAGACCCCAAGAAUUUGUAUACGAACCGAAAGAUUUAGUCUUGAUUUUGUUUCCACUCAAAUACAAAGCAUCUUAGACUAAGAAUAAAACGAAAAAGAAAAAUGAAGUGUUCCAAAUUUAUUACUUUAAUUACUUGUUUUCUUAAUGUAAAUAUUGUACCGGUUACAUUGAGUCUUGUCUAUCUUGUCAAACCGCAGCCACCGACGCCAUAUUUAUCAUCAACAUCAAAAGUUAAUCAACAGCAAAUAUGUUACGAUACGUUCUCAUUGCGUACAAAGCACAUAAUGACAGAAAUCAAGAAUAAUACAAAAGAUUGUAUGAAUACAGGUGAUUUGAAUAAUAUAAACAAUUGUAUGAAUACACCUGAUUUGAAUAAUAUAAAAGAUUGUAUGAAUACAGCUGAUUUGAAAUUUCAAAUUAAUAAAAAAGUGGAAUUAUUGAGAGGCUUAACGUUAGAAUGUGCUGUGGAAAAGGAUCUUGUUGAAUAUUUUGCCUGUAUCAAAAGAACAAAAUCCAAUAAUGAAAAAUUAUUGAGCGAAAUUCUUUUGCUUACAGACAUUUUUUCGAAAAAUAUCAAACAAAUCGAGCAAAAUAAAACUGCGUGUUUCAUUGAAGCCAUUGAAAAAGGCAAAUACAAACGUAGAUCAGCUCAAUAUGAUCUCAAUCUUUGUUUGCAAAAUACUAAGCGUCAAGAUGGACCUUUAUCAUUUGCACAGUCUGAAUAUUCUUCAAAUAAUGAUACUUCAGAAUUUUCAAACAUUAAAAAUAGAUUAAUAACGAUGUAUGGUAGUUUAGCAAGUUGCAUACGAAGUGGUGAAGAAAACAAAACGUGUUGGGGUCAAAUGGCAUUGGAAGAAGAAAUAUCAGGCAAUCCCAUUAAUAAGCGACCGUAUAUAUAUGAGAACAUAUCGAAUAACUUUGAUGAAUUCACAAAACUUGACAAAUCAGAAAAUACUUGUUUGAGACAAUUUAUAGCAACUUACACAAGCAGUUCUUAUAACUUCGAUCUGGACGAAUGUCUUUUAAAUGACUCUUCUUCAGUCAUACAAUCAGAGGAAAAUGAAGACAAGGACAUCGGGUUGGUUAAUAAAAUGAAAAAUCUGCACAUUGCUUUUGAUGCUUGCAGGGCUAUAACCAAGGAUUUAGAUACUCAAAGAUGUAUCUUUGACACGACUGACAAUAAUUCACUAUACAGCGAAAUUCAAGGAGAAAUUGCAACAAGAUCUGAUGAAAAAUUAAAUAAAAUAAUCGAAAUCAGCAAAGACUUAUACUCUCAAAAGUUGCCUUGUAUUGAUAACCUCUUUAAAGCAAUUCAAUUCAAUGGAAUUAAUUUGAAACCAAUUGAAAAAGGACAACUAUUGGAUUGUUUAAAGAAAGGUUUCAAAACACCGAAUAUAUCAGAAAUAACCAAAGAUGUUGUUUUGGAGGAUUUGAAAAAUAUUCAAAAUACUAUACAAUAUUGUACCUUACAUCCAGAUAGUCCAGGAUUUAAAAAAUGUUUUUCAAACACGGCUAUGGUGUUUGGAGGAAAUAUUUUGUAUAUAACGACAAAAUAUGAAAACUACAAGGAAUUAGUUGACGAAUCGGAUAAAAAUAAUCAAACAUGUUAUGGCAGCAUUUUAGAAAAUGCUCAAAGUUCUAAUGAAGAUUUAACACAGUUGGAAAAUUGUAUAUUAAAGUUUUGAAAAUAAGCAAUUGGUAGUUUCAAAAUAAACAAUACUUACAAAUGAGA